AGAGGAAGCAGUGUGCAUGUGGCAAAAUCUGCAAGAACGAUCGCGGCUUGAAGAUCCACCAAGCGAGGAUGAAGUGUUUGGCGGGAGCAGGAGCAGCACAAUGCGCAGGUGUCCAACCUGGUGAGACGAAGGAGGGGCCAGGCCCGGAGUCACCCCAUAGCGCCCGGAACCUCCAAGUGUUGCAAACUAAUCCCUCGAACAUGAAGUCUAACAGGAGGCGGAUCAAAUGGCCUGCAGCUAACAUGACUUCACUGUGGAAGCAGUUUGAUGACGAUGUUAACCAAAUUCUGGAGGCAACGACGAAGGGAGGGGUUGAUAGGAAGCUGCAAGCCAUACAACAAUUAUUGUUAGUAUCGCAGCUGAACGGUUCAGAGAAGGGGAGAAGGAAGGCUCCAAAACAUCUUACUCGAAGAACCAGAGCAUUGAGAAUCCACAUCAGGCGGGAGAUGAAAGCGCGGAAGUCCCAAUACAAGGAGGCAGGAGAAGAGGAGCACAUUGGCUUGGUCCAGCUGAUGUGCAUACUACGAAAGAAGAUCAGGGUCCUCCGCCGGGCAGAGUGGCAUCGGAGGCGUCGUCGUGAAAGGGCUCGAAAACGUGCUGCCUUUAUCGCCAACCCCUUCAAGUUCACCAAGGAGCUGCUGGGGGAGAAGCGCAGUGGGAAACUGGUCUGUUCGCAGGAAGACAUAGACCAACAUCUGAAGAAGAUAUAUAAUGAUCCUGAAAGAGAGCAGGAGUUGGGGGAGUGCGACAUCCUAAUAGACCCACCUGAACCGGAUGUGCAGUUCGACAUGUCAGAGCUGCAACUAAAGGAAGUCAGAGAGGUCGUCCGCAAAGCAAGGGCAAGCUCGGCUCCAGGACCAAGCAACACCUCGUACAAAGUGUACAAGAACUGCCCCAAACUCCUGCUGCGUCUGUGGAAGAUCCUGAGAAUCUUCUGGAGAAGGGGGAAGAUCCCAGAAUAGUGGAGAGUGGCUGAAGGGGUGUGGAUCCCGAAGGAGGAAAAUGCCACCCAGAUAGAUCAGUUUCGCAUCAUCCUCCUGCUGUGUGUCGAGGCAAAGAUCAUCUUCAGUGCAGUUUCCAACUGGUUGUGCACCUACCUAGCAAAGAACGCCUAUAUUGAUACAUCAGUCCAGAAGGGUGGCAUUUCAGGGAUGCCGGGCUGUCUGGAGCACAUCGGUGUGGUGACACAGCUCAUCAGGAAGGCCAGAGAGAACAAGGGCAACCUGUCAGUGUUGUGGCUGGACCUGGCAAAUGCAUAUGGCUCCAUUCUGCACAAGCUGGUGCAGCUCACACUGACCAAAUAUCACAUCCCCAGCAGAAUCGGAGACCUUAUCGCUGAUUAUUACAGCAACUUCAGGAUGAGGGUCUCUUCAGGAGCAAUUACAUCAACCUGGCACAAGGUGGAGGUCGGCAUCAUCACAGGGUGCACUAUCUCAGUGACACUGUUCUCCCUAGCCAUGAACAUGCUCACUAAGUCUGCUGAACCAGAGUCCAGAGGGCCCAGAAUGAAUUCCGCUCAGUGGCAACCACCUAUCAGGGCAUUCAUGGAUGACCUCACAGUCACCACAGAAUCAGUCCCAGGCUGCCGGAGGAUUCUGCAAGGGCUCGAAAAGCUGGUGGAGUGGGCCCGGAUGCGUUUCAAACCUGCCAAAUCAAGAUCGAUGGUGCUGAGGAAAGGGAAGGUGGAGAACAAGUUCCGGUUCAGCAUCGCAGGCACAGCCAUCCUAACCAACACAGAAAAGCCAGUCAAGAGCUUAGGCAAAGUUUUUGACAGCUCUUUAAGGGACACAACAUCCAUUCAGGCAACCUGCACCGAGUUGGAUGGCUGGCUGAAAUCUGUGGACAAGUCUGGCCUACCUGGGAAGUUUAAAGCCUGGGUGUAUCAGCAUGGCAUUCUUCCCAGAAUCCUGUGGCCCCUCCUCGUCUAUGCAGUUCCGAUCUCGACAGUUGAAACCUUAGAGAGGAGGGUUAGCAACCACCUCAGGAGAUGGCUGGGGCUGCCAAAGAGCCUGAGCAGCAUCGCACUCUACGGACACCACAACAAACUGCAACUGCCCUUCAAAUCCUUGGAGGAAGAAUUCAAGGUAACAAGAGCCAGAGAAGUGCUACAGUAUAGGGACUCAAAUGACCCGAAGGUGGCUAGAGCAGGGAUCCAAGUAAGUACUGGCAGAAAGUGGAGGGCAGAGGAAGCUGUUCAGGAGGCAGAGGCGAGGCUGCGUCACAGGAGGCUGGUGGGAGUGGUCACACAAGGCCGAGCUGGGCUAGGAUCCUUUCCAACUCCCCAAAUGGACACCAGAGGGAAGGAAAGGCGUUGUCUAGUUCAGGAGGAGGUGAGAGCAGUAGUGGAGGAGAUGAACGCCUGCAAGGCGGUGGGAACGAAGCAACAGGGAGCUUGGACAAGAUGGGAGAAUGCGGUUGAGAGGAAAGUGACCUGGGCUGAUCUUUGCAAAGCCGAAUCACACCGUAUCCAAUUGUUCAUCCAGGCAGUGUACGAUGUGCUUCCAAGCCCAUCAAACCUGCACACAUGGGGCAAGGCAGAGUCAUCUGCGUGCCCACUGUGCUCCAAGCGAGGAACUCUGGAGCACAUCCUCAGCGGCUGUGCAAGGGCACUUGGUGAGGGACGGUACAGGUGGAGGCAUGAUCAGGUCCUGAAGACCAUCGCUGAAGCCGUCAGCGCAGGAGUUGAGUGGGCGAAGUGGUCCCGACCCUCCAAGCAGACCAUUGCCUUUGUCAGAGCUGGGGAGCAGCCAAUACCUGCCAAAAGAACAUCUGCAGGCAUUCUGACCUCUGCAAGGGACUGGCAGCUGUUGGUGGACCUCGAAGGGCAGCUGAAGUUCCCCAACCAUAUCGCAGCCACCACCCUGCGACCAGACAUUGUCCUUGUGUCUGAGUCUACUAAGCAAGUGGUGCUGCUGGAGCUGACAGUCCCAUGGGAAGAUAGCUUGGAGGAGGCCUUUGAAAGGAAGCUCUCCAAGUACGCAGGACUGGUCAGCAACUGUCAGCAGGCUGGAUGGAGAGCGAGGUGUCUCCCAGUGGAGGUUGGUUGUAGGGGAUUCAUAGCCCCUUCUUUAGUUAGAGCUUUCAGCAUUUUGGGCAUCGAGGGAGAGAGGAAGAGGAGAGCCAUCCGCAGUACCACCGAUGCGGCAGAGAGGGCCUCAAGAUGGCUGUGGCUCAAAAGAGGGGAGCCAUGGAGUCAUAAGUAGCUAGCCAUCUGGACACAAGCUGGGUCUGAUCAGCCCCGGCUGGGUCACCUGGAGGAGGUUGUAUGAUGUUGAAAGACCCGAAACACCCGAUGAUUCCAGGAACAUCACUGAAGAUGUGUCCAGAAGCAUCAAUAGAUGUAUAUACACGGCCUGUAGAAGUGGUUUGAAAUUGUGGCCAAUGUUACAAAGAUUCUAAUGGUCAAAUGCCUGAAGGAUGGUCUAUUCUUCUUGUAGUUACAGACAGAGCAUAAUAAACUAGAUUGUUAUCUUUCAGUAAUGCAUUUGGGAAAAAUGUUAUGUGCUUGCAAUGGUCUACUGAUGAAUUUAUUGAAUAACCUGGAUGUGAACUAACAAAGGAUUAAUUUCCAUUUACGCAGCUUAUAGUUCACUGUCUCAUUCAGAUUUUUCUCAGCACUGAGCUGGUUCUAACUUAAACUGAAUGCCAUUUUGUGACUGUCAGUGGCAACUUUAUUUUUUUUGA